AUGAUUAUUUUAUGUAGAUUUUCGGCGUUCAAAUUGCGUCAGUUAUGGUUUGCCUUCACAUUACAGGAAGAAAAGCAGAAUGCUGAACAUUGGGUAGAAGAACUGGAAUCCCGAGUAGGUGGUGUAGGAAUGAACGAUUUGGAAAUGUCCGGCUACGGUGGCACAGGGACAGAUCCGAAGUCAUUAUCCAUUGGUCCAACCGAUCCGUCUGACUACGGUGCACCUUUUGGGGCAUCCGCGUUUGCCUCCGCUAACAUGAUGCCCAGUCUUCUUCCCGGAUUCGGUCCAACCGGUUGGUCUCCUCCUCCAUCCCCACUGAGUUCUCGAUCCCGUCCGUUCUGGAACGCUGGCGCUUAUGGUGGUCCGCCAUUCAAUUCACUACACUCUCUCCUCACCUCAGUUGUGGGUAUGUUUCGUCAGCUAUUGAAACUGAUUGCAACAAAAAUCAAUGAUUUUGGUGAUUCUUAA